AUGUCAAAGAAACAGGAAUACAUUGCGAAUAUAAAUUAUCAAAACAAUUUACCAGAACCUACUAUACCUCCUACUUUAAUUAAAUAUAAAAACAAUGAUGAUGAAGAUGUUGGUUCUGCCCAUUUAAUUACGUCAUUAUACUCGAAGGUCAACGUCAAUAAUCUAAUUAAAAUUAAUGAAGAUUUAGGUAUGGAAUUGGAUUUGCUUAAAAUUCCUGGUGUUUUGAAUAAUUCCGAUUUAACAUUUUUAAAUGGAUUUGAUAAUAUCAAGUUGGAUGAAAAGGAUAAGAUUUUAUUAAGGGACCCAGGAGUUGAUAGAUUGGCAAAAUCUGAUUUAUCAAAAGUUUCAUUUUUAAGAAGAACUGAAUAUGUUUCGACUUCAAUUGUUUCUCAUAAUGAUUCCUCCAUGCUAGCAAACAAAAAAAGAGGACGUUUGGAUAACAAUAUAGAUGAUGCUGAUAAGGUUCUUAACACUUCUGAGAUCGUGGAAAGAAUAGAAAGUAGUUUUGAUAAAAACAAUUCUGAUUUGGAAAAAUUGAGACAUCCUAUAAAGAAGAAGUUGACAGCAGUGAAGUCUUGGAAUUUUUUACCAGAUACCGCGUCUAUGGAUCAAAACUAUUUCAUAUUAAGAUUGGUAGGUAGUGCCAAGUUAGAUGCUCAAGAAAGAAGUAAGCUUGCGUUAGACACAGCUGUCUUUAGACCAGUCGAAUUAGAGGAAGACGAUUGGAUUUCAAUGUAUACAACCGAUUCUAAGGAUUCGAAAUUAUUGGCAAAUGACUUAGAAAGAACUUUAGAGGAUACUGGUACUGUGGCGAGUGACAACAAAACAUAUCCAUUCAAGAGAUUGAGAGAUUUUGAUAUGCAACAAAUGCAAUCCAUGGAAGAUGCUACGGCUACAAAUAAAAAUGAAAUUAAAGAUGUAGCUUUAGUUUUUAACGAUGAAAAGAACACAGUAUACUAUAAACCAAUUCGUUCGAGAAUUGAAUUAAAAAGAAGACGUGUUAAUGAUGUGAUUAAACAACUCGUGAAUGAACACAAAUUAGAUCAAAUUAAUGUCAAAUUAAGAAAUCCGACCACAAACGAAUCAAGUCUUAGGGAUAAAAUCAGAACCAGGUUCGACCCAAUUGAUUUCCCAUAUGUUGAAGAAGAAAUUGAAGUAUCACAAAUUGAAAGUCAACCAUCUAAUAGUGUCGAGCAAACUACUGAUAGUAGUAUAAAUGAAUCAAAUUCUAGUACAAGUCUUAAUGAAGAUACGAAAGACAAAAGUGAAGAAGCGGCAUUGGAAAAAGAAGAUGCAUUGUAG